AGUCUAGAUGUUUUCCACCUUCACUUUGUUUGGGGGUGGAAAUGUUGCGUGUGCAUUUGCCUGUGCAAAUAAAUAUGUCAAUAUUUGAUCUCACUUGAUGAAUUUUGACAUGAGAAUUUUCAAUUAUCGUAUUCAGGGAGCAGAGAGGCAACUCUUUGUUUUCAUGUCUAAACCUGCAUAAGUUGGUUACAUGGAGGAGGAUGAGUAAACUUGGCUGAGUUCUUUGACAAUCCUAGUUUUUGGCCAUAUUUUGUUUUCCUUGUGAAAUCUACAUGCGGUUUCUCUUCAUGAUAGUUUGCAUAGAAGAUAACAAAUCAUGAUAUUGCCUGUUUCUGGAGAAGUAUUACCUUGAAAUAGGGAUUUCUGCUUUCAUAAAUCCCACUUUAAGCUCUGUGUAGACUCUUUUUUGUACUCUUUUCUGUACAUGUAAGUGUUCCAGUCCAAUACUUGUUGCCUUUGUACCAGCCUGUAAGAGUGUUGUACUGAGUCUGAACCCCUUAUUUCAGUUAAUUGGUUCAGCUUUAGUCUCUAGAGCAGUCAGGCUGAACUGUUGUAAAAUUUAUUUUUCCUCUGUAAAAUUAAGCAAAUACCCAUUCUAGUGGAGGGUUACUCGUCGUUCCCAUGGAAAAUGUAUGAAUCUAUGAGCUCUAGGAUACAAGAGAAAGUGUGCCCUUGGUUAGCCAUCUGAUGAGCGGCUUUAUUGGGAACCGUUGCAUAUUGCAUCCGUUUUUGCAGGGUUGUUCCUGCAACCACGAGCUUAUAUUCUGUGAUUUGUAUGUAACAAAAAAUCCCAUUUUAGGAGUUCCCUUUGUGUUGUAAUCAGGUCAUAUCUUUUUGGUAAUCUGUAAAUAUGGGUUUUUUUUGUAGUUAGAUUAUAUUAUAUCCCACCUGUAAUAUUUCGAUCCAUGUAAGUAUGUAACACCAUCUGUGCCUGAGGGUUGUUGAUGUCUGUAGAUUUUUUCUCUUUACCCUUUCAAAUUCACCUCUGUCCUUGAAAUUAUAAAAAUUACACAACUCCCCUAAGCUUUUCUUCUUCCUCAAGUUCCCCUCGCGGAACAUCUCAUCUUGUUCUCAUCUCAGAUCAGCUCCCAGUCUUCACAAAUAUUUUUCUCCGGGCUUGGUUGAAUCGGAAUUGCAAUGACAAAGGAGACUAUGGAUGUCCCAGAAAAGGGUGGAUUUAGCUUUGAUUUGUGCAGAAGAAACGAGAUGCUGGUGAAGAAAGGGGCUCACGCCCCGUCUUUCCUCAAGACUGGAACUACCAUCGUGGGCUUGGUUUUCCCGGAUGGUGUCAUUCUCGGAGCGGACACACGAGCUACUGAAGGACCCAUAGUCGCUGAUAAAAAUUGUGAGAAAAUUCACUUUAUGGCUCCAAACAUUUAUUGUUGUGGAGCAGGGACUGCUGCUGAUACCGAGGCUGUGACCGACAUGGUCAGCUCCCAACUGAAGCUUCACAGAUACCACACUGGUCGUGAAUCCAGGGUGGUCACAGCACUUACACUUUUGAAGUCUCAUCUUUUCAAUUACCAAGGACAUGUUUCAGCUGCAUUGGUUCUUGGUGGAGUUGAUGUUACUGGCCCACACUUGCAUACUAUUUAUCCGCAUGGCUCAACCGACACACUCCCUUUUGCUACAAUGGGCUCUGGUUCCCUUGCAGCAAUGUCUGUAUUUGAGUCAAGAUACCGGGAGAAUCUAAGCAGGGAUGAAGGAAUCCAACUGGUGACAGAUGCCAUAGAGGCAGGUAUUUUCAAUGAUCUGGGUAGUGGGAGCAAUGUCGAUGUUUGUGUCAUAACCAAGGGGCACGCCGAAUACAUUAGAAACCAUAGGACCCCGAAUCCCAGAACGUACCCCCAGAAGGGUUACACCUUCCCUAAAAAGACUGAGGUUCUUUUCACGAAAGUCACACCCUUGAUUGACGUGGUGGAUGUAGUCGUUGAAGGCGGAGAUGCUAUGGAAGAAUGAAGUGUUUCUUGUAAACCUCUUAUACUAUGUUUUUAAGACAUUUUCCUGCAGAUCUUUCAUAAAAAUGUGUAUGAACUUUAUUCAAUGUUGCUUUCGGGGGCAACUCUUGUAUGUGCAAAUUUAUAAUUUGAGAUUGUCUUUGAAUGAUUUGGUGUCUUUGUUGCUCUAUGGGUCUCAUGAAGAAUUUGCUAGUGUUGGUACUUGGUAGUGAUAUAUUCUUGUUUUUCGUUUGAAAAUUAACUUCCAACUUUUUCUAACUUACGAGUAAAAAAAUAAACAUGUGGACAAUUU